UGCUGGAAGUGUUGUAGUGAUUCAUUUUAGCAGCAGAGAAGUAGCGCGUCGCGCCCCCAAGUGGACACAGGCGGACGCACUGUGCGCAAUUGGAGCGGAGCUAUUCAAGCUUCCUCUGCAGAAAGUCAGCUUUUUUCUUUUUUUUCUUUUUUUUUGUCUCGUUGAGGAAGCGAGUCUCGCUUAAGUUCCUAUCAGUGUUUUCUGUGAUAUUACCAGCAGCUUACGUGUCGCUCCCAUUCAACUAAACGCUGCUUCUGCACUCCGGCGACUGGCGACAAAGUGAAGCCAGGCGACGCCUCCCUCCGCGACUGCUGUGGCGGAAUGAUAUUCUCUCGAUCAUCGGGUUAGAGUUACACUUUUUUUUUUUUUUUUUUGCAGGAUUUUUGAGUUCAAGCAUUUUAUCUUCUUUCAGGCUCUAACGGUAAACUGAGGACUGAGAUGUUCUGCUCCUGAUUUCCCAUCUUGAUAAAGGCUUCCACCACUGACACAACACCAUGGCGUCUAAUAUAAUUGUGGAACAACAAUUUUCCCACAAAUUCACUGUGACAGUCGUUCGUGCAGAGAGCGUCACCAAGGGAGCACUUGGGGACUUGUUGGACACACCAGAUCCGUAUGUGGAGCUGUACAUCCUGACAGCCCCAGAAAGCAGGAAGAAGACCAAGCACAUAGACAACAACAUCAAUCCAAAAUGGGACGAGACGUUUCAUUUCAUAUUAGACCCCAACCUGCAGAACGUCCUUGAGGUAAAAUUAAUGGAUGCCAAUUAUGUGAUGGACGAGACCCUUGGGACUGCUUCCUUUGACAUCUCCAACCUCAAAGUGGGCCACAAACAGAAGGAAACCUUCCUUAUUGGCAAAGCAACCAAGGUCUACUUAGAGAUGUUCCUGGAGAUAUGCACCAACUUGGAUCUACGCUUCAGCCUGGCCCUGUGUGAGAAUGAGAAACAGUUCCGGCAGACCCGCAGAGAGAGAGUGAUGCUGGGCAUCAAGAAGCUACUAAACAUGGAGAAGCCUCGAUUCCUUCCCAGCGCACCAGAAGAGGUACCAGUUAUUGCUAUCUCGGGUUCAGGAGGUGGCUUUCGUGCCAUGGUCGGCUACUCGGGUGUGAUGAAGGCCCUGUUUGAGUCUGGAGUCCUAGACUGUGCCACCUAUAUUGCUGGUCUCUCCGGAUCCACCUGGUACAUGUCCACCCUCUACUCGCAUCCUGAGUUUCCUAACAAGGGCCCAAAAGAGAUCAACAAGGAACUAAUGAACAGAGUCAGCAGUAAUCCAUUGAGGCUCUUGCUGCCCCAACAUAUAACCAACUACAUCCAAGCUCUGUGGACCAAGAAGGCCUUUGGACAGCCAGUUACCUUCACCGAUGUUUUCGGUAUGCUUAUAGGAGAAACACUCAUACCCGCGAGGAUGGACAUCAAGCUAAGUGACAUUCAGGAGAAAAUAAACCAGGCGCAAAGUCCUCUUCCCCUCUUCACCUGUCUGCAUGUCAAGCCAGAUGUUUCUGAGCUCAUGUUUGCAGACUGGGUAGAGUUCAGUCCCUAUGAAAUUGGAAUGGCAAAAUACGGCACCUUCAUGACACCUGACUUGUUUGGUAGCAAGUUCUUCAUGGGAACAGUUGUCAAGAAAUACAAAGAAAACCCUCUUCACUUUCUAAUGGGUGUGUGGGGCAGUGCCUUCUCCAUUCUUUUCAACAGAGUGCUUGGGGUGAAAGACACAACCGGAGGCUCCACCAUGGAGGAGGAGUUAGAGCAGAUUAAACCACAGCACAUCGUAGGAGAAGACAGUAUGGACAACGAGGAUGAACCCCGCAAAGGUGGCACAGAGAACCAGGAGGCAGAGGAUGAGUAUCAUCGCACUGCUCAGGCCAGCUGGGUUCAAAGGAUGUUCACUUCCCUUUUCAGUGACUCAUCCUUGUUCAACACCAGAGAGGGCCGCGCAGGCAAGGUGCAUAACUUUAUGUUGGGCCUGAACCUGAACACCAGCAUUCCUUUCUCUCCUGUCAGUGGGCACAUCUGCUCUGCACCUACACCAGAAGAGGAGGUGGAUGCUGUGACAGACCCAGAUGAGUUUGAUCGUAUCUAUGAGCCUCUGGAUGUGAAGAGUAAGAAGAUCCACGUGGUGGACAGCGGCCUCACCUACAACCUCCCCUACCCUCUCAUCUUGCGGCCCCAACGUGGCGUCGACCUCAUCGUCUCCUUUGACUUUUCUGCACGACCUAGUGACUCCAGCCCCCCGUUUAAGGAGCUCCUGUUGGCUGAAAAGUGGGCUCGAAUGAACAAGCUUCCAUUCCCGAAAAUCGAUCCAAAGGUCUUCGACCGAGAGGGCCUCAAGGAAUGCUAUGUGUUCAAACCCAAAAAAGGCGAAAAGAACUGCCCCACUGUCAUCCACUUUGUCCUGGUCAAUAUCAACUUCAGGAAAUUCAAAGCGCCUGGUGUUCCCAGAGAGACUGAAAAAGAGAAGGAGUUGGCAGACUUCGACAUCUUUGACGAUCCCGAGUCGCCAUUCUCUACUUUCAACUUCCAGUACUCCAACGAGGCUUACACGCGACUCCACGACCUCAUGGAGUUCAACACCCUCAACAACUUGGAGGUAAUUAAAGAUGCCAUCAAAGAUUGCAUCGUGUCUCGGAAGGAGAAUCCUUCAAACCGCACGUCGGCCUUCUCCCUCAGUGAGAUACCCAAGAAGAGGUUUCUCAAAAGGAAUCUUCAUGCCAAACCCUGGACUCACCAUGGAAACGACCAGUAACAACCAGUAGUCUGCUAGAAGAUGGAGACUUUGGAUUCACUUUUUGAUUCCGUUUAUAGUACAGCAUUUUCUUUUUGGAAAAUGAUGAUGACUUUGUAUGUUGUGUCAUGAUGUUGUUGCUGAAUUGGACCAAAAUGGGGUUUAGUCAAGAACUGUGACGUUUACUGGUUAAAGCCUUAGAAACACACUGACAUUUUUCACCUGACUUCAUUUGCACCCUGGGAAAACUGUUCGUAGAUCAGAAGCAGCUGAUGUUUUGUUGACCCCUGGCUGAGACUGGAUGUCAACAAUUAUACUGUGUGAGCAACAAGAUAUCGUUAUUCUGCUUUUUAAGAAACAGCUAAGUCACAUAUCAAUGCCUUUAUAUCUUACUGCUUACUUGAGUAAAGUACUUUCCCACCUUG